UACUGAGCAGCAGGAUCAGCCCGACAACCCUGCAGCCGAAGCUCCCCCUUCCGCGCAAAAACUUUAGAGAGAAAGUUUGGGUCGGCUGUGCACGGUGUCUGCGCUGCAGCCCGCACCCAUCCAUCCAUCCAUCCAUCCAUCUCCAUCUCUCCAGACACGAUUCCCGGAGCUCCUCGCCAUGCACGCCCGGGCUUAACCUCUCCAUGGAGCUCUCCAACCUGUACGAGGUGGCUCCCCGGCCCCCGAUGAGCAGCCUGCCGCACGGCCCGCAGCACGCGCCCUCCUCCGGCUACAGAGAGCCGGCGGACUUCGGCGGGGAGAUCGGGGACAGCGAGACGUCCAUCGACCUGAGCGCCUACAUCGACCCGGCCGCCUUCAACGACGACUUCCUGGCCGACCUGUUCCACCACUCCUCGCGCCAGGACAAGCUGAAGAUGAUGAGCGGGGAGUACGGGGAGCAGGGCCCGGGGCUGAUCCCGGCCCCGGGCCAGGGCCAGCAGCAGCUCUACAUGCCCGGAUACAUGGAGUCCAAGCUGGAGCCGCUGUACGAGCACGGCCCGCCGCGCAUCCGCCCCGUGGCCAUCAAGCAGGAGCCGCGGGACGACGAGGACCUGGGGCUGGGCGCGGGGGUGCCCCCCGCCUACCACCACCAGCACCCGCACAAUAACCCCCAUAAUAACCCCCUGCACGGGCACGGGCACGGGCAGCAGUACGCGCAGCAGCCCCCGCAGCAGAUGCCGCACCUGCAGUACCAGAUCGCGCACUGCGCGCAAACCACCGUGCACCUCCAGCCGGGACACCCGACCCCUCCUCCCACGCCCGUGCCCAGCCCGCACCAGCACCAGCACCACCCGCACCAGCACCACCCGCACCGAGGAGGGGGUAAGAGCAAGAAGCACGUCGACAAGAGCAGCGUGGAGUACCGGCUGCGGCGCGAGCGCAACAACGUGGCCGUGCGUAAAAGCCGCGACAAGGCCAAGAUGCGCAACAUGGAGACGCAGCAGAAGGUGGUGGAGCUCACGUCCGACAACGACAGGCUGCGGCGGCGCGUGGAGCACCUGACCCGCGAGCUGGACACGCUGCGGGGCAUUUUCAGGCAGCUGCCGGACGGAUCCUUCAAGCCCAGCUGAGCCGGACCCGGACCCGAGGAUUUACGCACAGACUCCGGAGGAUUCACGCACCAACUCCGGCUCUCUGACUCCGAUCCAGCUUCACCAACUGGACCAGGGAGGGGGGAAAGGGGGAGAUGGGGACUCCUUCCUUCCUUCCUUCCCGCCAUCAUCUCAAUUUGACUGAACUUGAACUUGAAACCCAUCACGGCCGACGCGCGGGUGCGCGCUCGGUGCCUUUGCGGAGCGUUUGGCCGCGGAUGGAAUCUCUCUCUCUGCUUCCGUGCCUUAUUCUCGUGCUGGACCACUCAGAUCACACAUCAGUGCAGCUAAAGGGACGAGGUUGAUACAUGCGCUUCCCGGACUGUUUUUAUACACUUCUGGACAGAUGAACAGAUGAUUUAUGUGAUGAUAUGUGUGUUGGAGCGGUCUCCAUCCUCUGAGCAGGUGCAGGGCUGCUGCCCUGGGAGAACUUUAGAAGAGAAAAUAAUACUGCAGUGUUCACCAAGAAAGUCACCUUCUUUUUUUGACGUUUAUUUGCUGUAACAGACACAAGAAAAAUCUGAAAUAUUUUGAAUUGUGACACAAAAACCUCAGCCUGCAGAGACAAUAACAGGCCCAGUUUCCUUUUGGCGCCCUAAAACUUGCAGCUGUGGUUUCUCCUUGCAAGCCCGACUGCUCGUUAAAAAGGCCAAAGUCAAACUGAUAAACCCUGACUGGAAGGGAAGACUGUGGUACCGGCCUCCCGGUGGCCCGGUGGCCCCGUGGCCCGGUGGCCCGCCCCCCCCCCGACCGUCCCGAGGGCUGAGGCGACGCCUUUGUAUGCACUAUUAUCUGAAACGUGAUGGGUACUGAUCUGGACUGAGACCGAGCGGUUUUUCUGAUUCUGUGAGACACAAGUGUGAACAGGGUUCUAUGCAACGCAGCUCUUCCUCCUUCUCUCCGGCCCGGCGGGCUCACGUGGUGCCUUCUCUCCGCCCAGAUGAACUUUGACCCUUGGGAAUCCUUCACAGACCAGUGUCAGUGAGGAAGAAGGAAGCACUUUUUUGUUUGCUUUGUGUUUGUUUCACAGCUCAACUGUAAAAUAAGCCGAUAUAUAAAUAUAUAUGAAUAAAUAUAUAUAUAUAUAUAUAUAUAUAUAUAUAUAU